AUGGCUGAGAACCAGAACCAGUUUUGUAGACAAGAGACUGAUCCUUCACUCUCGGCUCAAGCCAUGGGGGAGCAUCAGCGGAUUGGAACCUCUGGUUUAGUAGAAGACACAGAUCCCUCACAACUUCCAAUGGAGCUUCAAGAAGAAUACAUAUUGGAUCAUCAAGAUCAACACUUCUCAAUGGAGCAACAACAAAACAAGAUUAUUGGACAAGCCACACAUCUCUCUUCACAGCUUCCAGUUAUGAUGAAUCAAGCCAUAGAUGAACGACAUUGCUGUCAGCCAUAUCAUCAAAACAAUGAUCUUUCAGUCGUUCCUAUGGAGACUCAACAACAACACAAUGUGGUUGGAAACUUGGCUUCUCAACAACAACUUGAGGAACAAAACAAUGUUCCGGUGAUGACUAUGAAUCAAACCACAGAACAGCAGCAACCUUGUGAAACAGCCACUACUCACAACGAAUUGUUUCAAGAGAUGGAUCCAGAGAUUGCUAGUUUAUUACUUGUACAAAACACAACAGAAGAAGAUGCUAAGUUUAUGGCUUCAUUAGGAAACUUUUAG